GCAGGGAGCCGCCGCCGGGUCCCGAACCGAGCGGGACCGUGGGGGUCCAACGGGGCGGAUCCGAGCGGGGUCGGGCCUAGAAGGACCGGGAUCGGGACCGGGACCGAGCGGGGCCGGUGCUGGCCGCCAUGGAUCCGCUGCGGGCUCAGCAGCUGGCGGCCGAGCUGGAGGUUGAGAUGAUGGCCGACAUGUACAAUCGGAUGACCCAGGCGUGCCACCGCAAGUGCGUCCCCCCGCACUACAAGGAGUCGGAGCUGUCCAAAGGGGAAUGCGUGUGCCUGGACCGCUGCGUGGCCAAGUACCUGGAAGUGCACGAGCGGAUGGGCAAGAAGCUGACAGAGCUGUCGCUGCAGGACGAGGAGCUGCUCAAGCGAAUGCAGCAGGGCACCGGCACUGCCUGAGCCCCCACCCCGCCCCCCAAUAAACCUGGGGCGUCUCCUGUCCUCCCCUCGCCCCCCAAACCCACCCUGUGGCCGUGUCUUGGGGUACGUGGUGCCCGUGGUUGCUGCUGCUGGGAGCCCCCCUUGCUGUCCCCAGCUGCCACGUGCCGUGUCCUUGUGGGGGGCACCCCUGGGUGCCCCUCCCGGCUGGGCCCAGCCCGUGUAAUCCCCCGGAUUAGGCAGAGCUGGGCUGAGCCCCUCGUAAUCCCCAGUGGGGUGGGACAGGGCUCAGCCCCUCCCUGUCUGUCUGUGCUGAGGGUCACCAGAGGGGACAGCCGGGUCCCCGCACAGGGACACAGCGCCAGAGGGGCGGGGCACAGGGACACCCCCAGGACACCCAGCCCCAGUUGAGGACACACAGAUGGGACCGUGUGGGGACGACGCAGGGACAUCUCCGCCUGGGCAAAGACCACGUGGAGACAGCCAGAGAACCACAGGGGAGGGGACACCCACGAAGGGCAGACUGCACACACAGAGACACCCCCACACACCUCCGGGGACAGUUGGAGGGGACAUGGGCACCCAGGGAGUUACACCCGCUGGGGGACACCCCAGGCUGUGUGAGGGACACCUGCCGUGGGACAGCGCGGGGGAGACACACACCCAGAGGGAGCGAGGGUGGGGGGCGGGCCGUGUCCCUGCUCCCACAGCCCAGCAGCAGUUCCACACGGCUCCAUCUGUGUGCCGGCGCCUGCGGGAAGUGGGUCAGGCUGUGCAGGGCGCGGGUGACGGCGCGGGGGUGGCUCCGACCCCGCGGCUCCCGUGACACCCGGCCGCGCUCUGCGCGGGGUGCGGGGUGUCGGCGUCACCGGAGCCUGCGUGCACCGGCCCCGCCGUGCCCUGGGUGUGUGGCGCCUGUCGGGAGGUGUCCGUCUGUCCCCCCCGCAGCGCACUGCACGCCUCGCCGCCCUGCCACCCGCCGCUCCCAUCAAUAUUUCAGGAGCAGCAGGCGGUGACCUGGAACGGCAGCAGCCCAUCCACAGCAGCCAGGCCCCGCUCUCCCAAAAUAAGACCAUUUUUAAUAAAUAAUUUCCCACCUUUUGGUUCCUGUUGGGGGUUUUUCCCGCUCAGGAUGGGAGGGGACCCCCUUCUGCAUCCUGUGGUCCCCACCCGCCGGCUGUUCCCCACAGU